CCACCCCAAUUAUAAUCUCGUUCAGUGAUUCAGUGUACAUCUCUUAUUUCGCUUCGUCUUUCCUCUCUCUUCUCCAACGGUUCGAUCCGGCUCAGCUUCCUCUCUUCGAAGUGCAAAAGCUCAACACUUCCCCUUUUAUAUUGGCCUGCAUCAUUGAAUGCAAAAACCAGGGAAUGCAGAAAGAUGUGUGUGAAUGUUGGGAAUUGCUGCUCUGAAGCCCAUGAGAUCCUAUCUCCCUUGGGGCAUCCGUUGUUCAUCCUUGAUGAGGUUGGCCACGCAUCACAGAGCACAUUUGAGCUACAUGCCCGAAUGCACAUUGAAACCACAAGUUGUAGCAUCUCUCUCGUGUUGAAUCGUGACCUUGUUGAAGACGGUUGAAUUUCUAGAUUUUAAUUACUCCUUCCUCGUGAAUAACAUAUUUCAUACUAGAAGGAGAACAUAUUAAGCACAGUGUCUUAGAUUUUAUAAUUUAGAAUGGAAAAUAAGGGGAAUGUGCUGAUGCAAAGGUAUGAAGUCGGGAGAUUACUAGGCCAAGGAAACUUUGCUAAGGUUUACUAUGGAAGGGAUCUAAAAAGUGGCCAGAGUGUAGCCAUUAAGGUGAUUGACAAAGAAAAGAUUUUUAAAGUGGGGCUAAUUGAUCAGACCAAGAGGGAGAUAUCUGUUAUGAAGCUUGUAAAACACCCUAAUGUCAUUCAGUUUUACGAGGUCAUGGCCACCAAAACCAAGAUUUACUUUGUUAUGGAAUAUGCCAAAGGUGGUGAGCUGUUUAACAAGGUAGCCAAAGGAAGGCUCACAGAGGAUUUUGCAAGGAAUUAUUUUCAACAGUUGAUCAGUGCUGUUGACUUUUGCCACAGCAGAGGUGUUUAUCACCGGGAUUUGAAACCAGAAAACCUAUUGCUGGACGAGAAUGGAGUUCUGAAGGUGACAGAUUUUGGGUUGAGUGCCCUUGCAGAAUCAAAGCAUCAAGAUGGAUUACUCCACACAACUUGUGGAACCCCUGCUUAUGUAGCGCCAGAAGUGAUAAAUAGAAAAGGGUAUGAUGGGGCCAAAGCUGACAUCUGGUCUUGUGGGGUGAUCUUAUUUGUUCUUCUGGCUGGGUAUCUCCCAUUCCAUGAUUCAAAUCUAAUGGAGAUGUAUAGGAAGAUAGGCAAGGCAGAUUAUAAGUGCCCCAAUUGGUUCCCAUCUGAAGUGCGCAGGUUGCUGUCAAAAAUCCUUGACCCAAACCCUAAUACUAGGAUUUCCAUUGCAAAAAUAAUGGUAAAUCCCUGGUUUAGGAGAGGGUUCAUCCCCAAGCCUUUGAAAACUAAAACAGAAGUCAAGGAUUUAGAUCCACUGGGCACAGAUACAGUUUUUGGCCCUUGUGAGAAUAACAGUGCUGCUGCCGGAGAGAUGAAAGAGUUGUCGAAAACUACCCAGCCUACCAAUUUGAAUGCAUUUGAUAUCAUCUCUCUUUCUACGGGGUUUGACUUGUCUGGUUUGUUUGCAACCCAUGACCAAAAGAAAGAAGUACAAUUUACAUCCAGGCAGCCCGCCACAGCUAUCAUAUCUAAACUGGAGGAGAUUGCUAGGCGCCUAAGACUGAAAAUUAAAAAGAAGGAUGGAGGAUUGUUGAAAUUGGAGGGAUCAGUGGAAGGUAGAAAGGGGCCGUUGUCCAUUGAUGCUGAAAUAUUUGAGUUUACUUCGUCUUUUCAUUUGGUGGAAAUGAAGAAGUCCAGUGGUGAUACUCUGGAAUAUCAGAAGAUACUGAGACAGGAGAUAAGACCAGCACUCAAGGACAUUGUUUGGGCUUGGCAAGGUGAGCAGCAACAGCAGCAACAACAACAACAACAACAAGAACCAUAUCAAGAACUGCAGGUUCAUUCUUCUUGAGUGUAGCCGUUAUAAGUUUUCCUAUAUUUUUUGAGGUGUCUUUUCUUUAUUUGUAAAUUGCUUGGUGUGUAAUGACUGUGGCAGUCAUAUUACAAUCUAUGUGAACAUGUUUAGCAUGUGUGCUUGAAGGCUAAAUGUUAUUGGACGUAGUCAACUGUGAGGUUCCUCACUGGCUUUUAUCAAUGUUUUCUUCUUAUA